UUUGAUUUGGAUGGUGAUGAUGUUUUGGAUGAUUAUGGUUAUUCGGAUGAUGAUGAUUCUGAUUUGGAUGAUGAUGAUGAAGAUAAUAAUGAUGUUGAUGAUUCGGAUAAUGAUGAUGAUAAUUAUGAUGAUUUGGAUGAUGAUUUGGAUGAUGAUGUCGAUGAAGAUGAUAAUGAGAAUGAUCAUGAUGAAUAGUAUGAUGAUGAUAAAGAUGAUUCGCAUGAUGAAUAUGAUGAUGAUGAUUGUUCGGAUGAUGAGGAUGUUGAUUUGGAAUAUGAUUUGA